CCAAUCCUAUGAGAACUCAGCAUCCCAGCUCAUCUGAGCAGAUCCUGGAAGUGAUUUCUGCAGUUCAGGAUUUUUUCUUUUUUCUUUUUUUUUUUGUAUGUUAAAUUGAAAAUUUAGGUGUAUUUUUUUGUUCAUUUUUUUGGGGGGGUAUUUUUUUCUGCACAAAGAAGGAGUAUUUUUCACUUAUUCAUGCCGAGGCCAGCUUUUCAAAGCCAGCAAAGGGAGCAUCGGCCGGGCAGGAUUUAAAGCCUCUAUAGCUCAGCUGUGAAAAAAAAGCAUAAGGAAGGGAAGAUAAAAGGAGAGGAAGCUGGGAGAAGACAAGAAUCAUCUUUUUUUACUAUGUGGUAGGAACUGUUUAUAAGAAAAGAUAGUAUAGAAUUCUUUAUCUUGAGCAGUUGGUUCUUCAACUAUAAGGUAUUUUUCCUUGUUUCUUUUAAACCUCCCCCACCCCUUUUCCUGAAAGCUUUGUUUCAGAGCUUUGGAUUUGGGGGUUUUUUGUGAGGUCUUAUUUAUUUUUGUGGUGUGUGUGUGUGUGUGUGUGUGUGUGUGUGUGUGUGUGUGUUGUGGUCGCAGCUGAGUCAUCAUGUCUGCUCUGACGCCUCCAACUGAUAUGCCCACCCCCACCACUGACAAGAUCACACAGGCUGCCAUGGAGACCAUCUACCUUUGCAAAUUCCGGGUGUCUAUGGAUGGAGAAUGGCUCUGCCUGCGGGAGCUGGAUGACAUCUCCCUUACACCCGACCCCGAGCCUACCCACGAAGAUCCUAAUUAUCUCAUGGCUAACGAACGCAUGAACCUGAUGAACAUGGCCAAGCUGAGCAUUAAGGGCUUGAUCGAAUCAGCUCUGAACCUGGGCAGGACCUUAGACUCCGACUACGCACCUCUCCAGCAGUUCUUUGUGGUGAUGGAGCACUGUCUGAAACACGGCUUAAAAGCUAAGAAAACUUUUCUUGGACAAAAUAAAUCCUUCUGGGGGCCGUUAGAACUGGUAGAAAAGCUUGUUCCAGAAGCUGCAGAGAUAACAGCAAGUGUUAAAGAUCUUCCAGGACUUAAGACACCAGUUGGCAGAGGAAGAGCCUGGCUUCGUUUGGCAUUAAUGCAAAAGAAACUCUCGGAAUAUAUGAAAGCUUUGAUCAAUAAGAAAGAACUUCUCAGUGAAUUCUAUGAACCCAAUGCUCUCAUGAUGGAAGAAGAAGGAGCCAUAAUUGCGGGACUGUUGGUGGGUCUGAAUGUCAUUGAUGCCAACUUCUGUAUGAAAGGAGAAGAUCUGGACUCUCAGGUUGGAGUUAUAGAUUUUUCAAUGUAUCUUAAGGAUGGGAACAGCAGUAAAGGUAGUGAAGGAGAUGGUCAGAUUACUGCAAUUCUGGACCAGAAGAACUAUGUAGAGGAACUCAACAGACACCUGAAUGCUACUGUAAAUAACCUCCAGGCAAAAGUAGAUGCAUUAGAAAAAUCCAACACUAAACUGACAGAGGAGCUUGCAGUUGCAAACAACAGGAUUAUUACCUUGCAAGAAGAAAUGGAACGAGUUAAAGAGGAAAGUUCCUACAUCCUGGAAUCCAAUCGGAAGGGUCCUAAGCAAGACAGAACUUCAGAAGGGCAAGCACUAAGUGAAGCAAGAAAGCAUUUAAAGGAGGAGACACAAUUACGAUUGGAUGUCGAGAAGGAGCUGGAGAUCCAGAUCAGCAUGAGGCAGGAGAUGGAGCUGGCCAUGAAGAUGCUGGAGAAGGACGUGUGCGAGAAGCAGGACGCGCUGGUGUCCCUUCGGCAGCAGCUGGAUGACCUCAGGGCUCUCAAGCACGAACUCGCCUUCAAGCUGCAGAGUUCAGACUUAGGCGUAAAACAGAAAAGUGAACUAAACAGUCGCUUGGAAGAGAAGACUAAUCAGAUGGCCGCUACCAUCAAGCAACUCGAGCAAAGAUUGCGCCAGGCUGAGCGAGACCGCCAGUCUGCGGAGUUGGACAACCGGCUCUUCAAACAGGAUUUCGGAGACAAGAUCAACAGUCUGCAGCUGGAGGUGGAGGAGCUCACCAGGCAGCGGAACCAGCUUGAGUUAGAACUAAAACAGGAAAAAGAAAGAAGAUUACAAAACAACAGGAACAUCCCAGGGAAGGGUUCCCAAAAGCCAGAACCCAAGAUGGAUGGGAAGCACAAAAUUCAAGAGGAAAAUGUUAAACUAAAAAAGUCCCUGGAAGAAAACCACAGGCUGCAGUCUCACCCUGUGGAUGAACAGGAUCAGCCGCUGCUCUCUGCAAAGCCACAAGUGUGUCAGCUAUGCCACGAGGAUGGCAGCCCAUCAAAGAAUGUGUGUAAGAACUGCACGGGAACCUUCUGCGAUGCCUGCUCAGCAAAUGAACUGCCUCUUCCUUCCAGCAUCAAGCCUGAGCGAGUUUGCAAUCCCUGUCACAAGCAUCUGAUGAAGCAGUAUUCCACCAGCCCGUCGUAAGCCCGGAAGCCGAGACCUGGACCGAAAUGGUGACGCGGGGCCGUCCUCUACCUGUGUCAGAUGUCAGCAUCCCCUAAUGCCCAGGCCUUAGAAUCCACUAGAGUUGACGGGAGUGAGUUAAGUAAACUAGGUCCAGGGAGAAAACGCAGUUGAGGGUGGGGGAAAUUUUGCUCAUUUUCCCUAAUGACCGUAUGAAUAAAAGUUAACUCAGCUGAGCCUUUCUCUUCUACAUCUAAAGAGCCCUGCUUUGAAGGGCUUAUUUUACAGCGUAUCUUUGGAAAGGCUAUUCGUGUUUAUGAGUAGUGUUAAUAAUGCUGGGGUGGAUGUGAUAGAGUCCAAGCAGGUAAGAAUAAAAGGAAGAUGGUCAUCUCCCUCUGUUGCAUUUGCAGUUUCAAGGGAGAGAAAGAGAAAUGUUAAUUGAGAUCAAAAUGACAAAUGUUACAUAUUUUCCCAGGUGCUGUUAGACAACAAUGUUUCCUCUUCACCCCCACUAACUACCUCUUUUUUAAAGUCUCUCUUACCAAACUGUGAACCCAAACUCAGGGAAAAGAAAUUAAAGAGUAAUAUAAAUUCUGAAUGUAUGAAAAACAAUAUUGUAAUAUAUUAUAAUUUCAGGACCAGAAUAUCCUGGUCUUGGCCUACAAGGGUUUUCAUUAUCAGAAGAAGAAAGAGCAUUUGUCAUUUUUCUAUUUAAGGACUUCAAAACUAACUAUCUGCCCUUUUCAGAAUCUCCUACCACCAAACAAGCCAGCUCUCUUCCCCAGCGCCUCCCUCCUCUCCAAAUUAUAAUGGAAAUUGUUUUAAAGAUAGGGUUUGACUUUUGCAAAUAGCAAAUGUUGAUUAGAGCAAAGUCAAGUCAGGUAUAGAGUAAAGCAAGUUUAAUUUGUGGAUGGCUGAGAACAGUUAGCUCAGACUGUUUAUUGGAUUAUUUCUUGAAUAAGGGAUUCCUCAUUCUGAGCCCAGAAUCAGAGCUGGUAGACAGGUUUCCUGGAGAGGGCAACACGGUCAUCCCCAUCAUCCACGGGGGACUCCACGAGCGCUCGAGUCCCUUACGUGAAGUGGCGCAGUAUCUGCGCAUACCCUGCGCGCACCCUCCCGUGUGCUUUAGAUCGUCUCCGGAUCACGCACACUACUGAACGCAGCGCCGACACGGCGUUUCAUCUUUGUGGCUUUGGCAUAGUCCUUGGUGCACUCGGUGAAUUCAAGUUUGCUUCUUUGGAACUUUGUGGAAUUAUUUUUCCAAAUAUGUUUGAUCCGCAGUUGGUUGAAUCCAUAGAUGGAUGUGGCGAGCUGACUGCGCCCCAACAUCUAUUAGUAACAAACACUGGGGGAAAGAGGAAGUGUAUUCAGCAAGGGAAGGAAAGAAAUGGUGUACACUACUUUGAUUAUGUUACAUACGGCUAGAUUGUGUGAUUACAAUUAAGAUCUAAGAAGAUACGAUUCUGUGACUAGCUUAGAAUUCUGGGGUGGAAACAUCUGGAACCAUUUUUUAUUUGAUAAAUUCUGUCUCCUAGAAAGGUUUACAGCCUGGAAAGAGUUGUUAUUCCAGAAGUCUGGCCUGUUACUUAGUGAAGCUGAAGUUUAAGAAUAUAAGGA